AAGCCAUUUUCGAUUCUUGUAAAGACUCCAUUAUUUUUUAAUUAAAAAAUAUUAAUAUUGCAAGAAACGUUUCAUCUUUUGAUAACCGACGCGUCGUUUAUAUAUUAAUAUGUCUUAAAAAUAUCCAUCAAACAUUUUAGUAAUUUCUUGUCGUGUUUACUUUUGAUGGCAAUCAGCUGAGUUUUGUUGUCAUUGUUUUAAACUGUCAUCGAAUUUAGGCGUUUUAUCCAUAUUUAACAAUUUGCGAAACAAACAAUCAAAAUGAACGAAAUCAAAUCUCUCGAACAUGCAACUUUAAAGGUGCCAUACGAAGUGUUCAACAAAAAGUACAGGAAUGCACAACGUAUACUAGACGUGGAGGCGCGUCACGUCGGCAGCACUGCCACAGAGCUGGAUACAGCCGCUAAGAGAGAAGACGUUACUGCGGGGGAAAUAACUACAUUGCUUGGUGGAAUGGUAGAAAAGCUGACGACAAUGAAACGCAAGGCUUCUGAAGCUAUCAAUGAGGAGGUACAAGCAGCUAAUGUUUGCAAGAAGAGGCUCGAUCACCUCAAGGAACAAGCUGAGGCCUUGCAGGACCCCAUUGCCGCUCAAACAUCUUUGAAUCAAUGGCGCAAAGUUCGCUUGGAUCGUAUGCUGGUGGAUUACUUCCUGAGGAACGGCUACUAUGACUCGGCCACCAAGCUGGCAGAUGCUAAAGAUCUGCGCGACCUCACUAACGUUGACAUCUACCAGGCUGCGGCGGAGGUGGAGCGCGAGUUGAGCGCGCGGCGCACUGCGCGUUGCCUGCAGUGGUGCGCAGACAACAAGUCCAAGCUGCGUAAACUCAACUCUAUCAUGGAGUUCAAUAUACGUAUACAGGAGUUCAUAGAGCUGGUGCGCGAAGAGAGGCGGCUGGAGGCGGUGCGUUACGCCAAGAAGCACUUCUCCACGUACGAAGAGGGCCAGCUGAGAGACAUCCAGCACUGCAUGGGCAUGCUCGCCUUCCCCAAGGAUACUGACGUGGAGCCGUACCGCAGCCUGCUGUCUGAGAGCAGGUGGUUGUCGCUGGUGGCGCAGUUCCGCAGCGAGCACGCGCGCCUGCUGCACCCCGCGCAUCUGCCGCCCCUCACCGUCACCCUCCAGCUCGGCCUCGCCGCACUCAACACACCUCAGUGCUUCAACGAGAGCACAAAGGUGUCGUCGUGCCCGGCGUGCGCGCCGCCGCUGAACGCGCUGGCCCGCACGCUGCCGCACGCGCACUGCUCGCACUCGCGCCUGCUCUGCCGCAUCUCCAACGAGCCCCUCAACGAGCACAACCCGCCCAUGGCGCUGCCCAACGGACAGGUCUACGGAGAGAAGGCGCUGAAGGAAAUGAUGAAGGAACACGGAUCAAUCACCUGCCCCAAGACCAAGGAGGUGUUCUGCAUGAAACGCGUGGAGAAAGUCUACGUUAUGUAAAAAUAUAUUAAAUAUAUGCCAUGUACUAGCAUUUAAAAAACUAUAUUUUAUCUCUUAGUACUUUUAUAACCCCGCACUAAGACUCGGGUUUAAAUUUGUUUUUAAACUUAACCUCAAAAUGUUUCGAUUUACAUAUUGGCUAAUGUUAAAAAUUAUUAAAUAUUUUUGUUUUAUUCAACUUUUUUUUGUAUAUUUACCAUAUAAAACACCUUUGUUUUAGCAGAGAAUCUCUAUGUAAAAAAAACUAAAUUUUUAAUUAUAUUCAUGUUGAGAAAACUACUCAAAUUCAAAAUGGCUGGUUCCGACACCAUUAAUCCAUUUUGUUAAUUUUUUUUUUACUUUAGCGUGAUUUU